AUGUCACUUUUAGAAGUGAAAGUUUCUGCACCUGGUAAAGUAAUUUUGCAUGGAGAACACUCGGUUAUGUAUGGGAAGUUUGCGAUCGCGGGCAGCCUCGGACUUAGGACUUCUAUGAUUGUUAAGGAAGUAAAAUCAAAAGGCGAUUUGACCAUUAACCUGCAUUUGCCAUCAGUUGAUUUAGAAGAGGUUUUACCAUUAAACCUAAUAAAAGAACACUUGAUCCCAUCCCAUAACGAUACAUGGAAUCGUCCAGAUGUGAUAAACCAUGAGAAACAUUUAGAAAAGGUUGAUAACUGCUUGCAUAAGAUCCUACCAGGUUAUGGCGAUCUCAAGAGCUUUAAGAAGAACUCUCUACGUGGCUUCUUUUACAUACUUUCUGGAAUAUUCGAUGGAGAUUUGUUGAAUAAUAGUAUAGAUGUCACAAUUACUUCAGAGUUAACAGUGGGUGCUGGUACUGGAAGUUCUGCGUCUUGUGCUGUCUGUGUUUCUGCUGGUUUCUUGCAACUCUUGAAAUUGAAGAAAGGCAUCCAAAAUGAAGAAUUUAGUCUAGAAGAUAAAAUGAUGAUAUCUAGCUGGGCGUUUAACUGUGAGAAGAUCAUGCAUGGUGCACCUUCAGGUAUAGACAACUCCAUCUGUACAUAUGGGUCUCUCGUGGGUUUCACAAAGGGGGAAAAACCAGUAAUACCAGAUUACAAAAUCAAUUUACGUAUACUCUUAAUCGAUACGAAAGUUAGCAGACAAACGAAGCUUUUAAUCGAGAAAGUUAAAACAUUGAGAGAGUGGAACACUGAGGCAGUGAACUGUGUUAUGGAUGCUUUGGGGCAUUUAGCAAAAAAUGCUGCAGAGGUUAUGAAAAACAUUUCUGAAGCUAAAGGAGAGGAUGCUGACAUUCUUUACCAGCGGUUAGCUGAACUCUGGAAUAUGAAUCACUGCUUAUUAGCAUCCUUGGGAGUGUCUCACGCGUCGCUUGAAGAUGUAAGGGCGUCGGCCUUGAAGUACAACCUUGCGUGUAAACUGACUGGGGCAGGGGGUGGUGGGAACGCCAUUAUUUUGGUUCCUCCACAAACAGAAAAUGCAACUAUCGAAGCUCUAACAAACGAACUCGUAAGCAAAGGCUACGCUGUACGGAACACACAAUUAGGGGGUUCAGGGGUCACUUUAGAU